UUGGCUGCUUUAAGAAUCUGGCUUCUUGGUAAGGGGGCUGGUCUCUCCUGGGUGUGGGAGGAAGGAGGGGUAAAGCUGACCUGGGAGUUCCUUUUAGAUCAGACAAAAAGAAACCAGGAAGUUAGGAGGAAUUAUUACAGUCUGUACAGCUCAGGAUGUUAAAGGCGAUAACCUCCAAGGCCUGGUUAUUCAUUAGCAAGAAGGAAAGCUCGGGGGAGAGCAGGGCUGGCUCAGCGGCAGGCUUGAAGCAGGGUGAGAGCAGCUGGGGCAGGCCAGGCUGGGAGCUUUUGCCUGGAGUUAGUCUCUCCGGAACUUUUUCCUGGGACACAGGGAGAGGUUCUUUGUUCUCAGAUGUCCCUCUAAAUAAAACCCUUUUUAUUUUACUUACUGUUUGGUGCCCAAGCAAUCAGGGACAAGCACCUUCCUACGGGACCUCAGUCCUCUCUUGAUUUUGCCCCAGGGCAGCAGCUACAAACAGAAAGCCAGCUGUGAGUGUCUUGGCCAAGCCCAGAUCUGCCGGAGAGAUCCGAAGCAAGACUUUAUUGCUCUGCUCGGUAUGGUGAGUUGCAGCUGAUUUGGAAGCUGCCUGGUGGAGGACGGUGGCUCUGUACAGCGUGUGGGGAGAGGUUUAUGUCCUCCCCUGCUACAACAAGCCAGAACACCAUGGGCAGCGUCUGUGUGCGACUCUGGGCAUACCUGCAGCCUUUUCUCCCCUGCUGGUCCCAGGAGGCAGACAAGUCGGUUGUGAUUGAGAAUCCAGGGGCCUACUGUCCCCCGGAGGCUCCCAGGUCACAAGAGCCUGAGAGGAGCCAUGGGCAGUAUUUUGUGGCUCUGUUUGAUUACCAAGCACGUACUGCAGAGGACCUGAGCUUCUGUGCCGGCGACAAACUCCAAGUCUUGGACACUUCACAUGAGGGCUGGUGGUUAGCCAGACAUUUGGAGAAGAAGGGAACCGGCUUAGGUCAGCAGCUGCAGGGCUACAUUCCUUCCAAUUACGUGGCGGAGGACCGGAGUCUCCAGGCAGAGCCGUGGUUUUUUGGAGCAAUCAAAAGAGCAGAUGCAGAAAAGCAACUUCUGUAUUCAGAAAACCAGACGGGCGCCUUUCUAAUCAGAGAGAGUGAGAGCCAGAAGGGCGACUUCUCCCUCUCAGUUUUAGAUGGAGGUGUUGUCAAACACUACAGAAUAAGAAGGUUGGAUGAAGGUGGCUUCUUCCUCACCAGAAGGAAAGCCUUUUCAACCUUGAAAGAAUUUGUAAACUACUACACCACAACCAGUGAUGGGCUGUGUGUCAAGCUGGAGAAGCCAUGCUUAAAGAUACAGGUGCCAGCCCCCUUUGAUUUGUCAUAUAAAACUGCAGACCAGUGGGAGAUAGACCGCAACUCCAUACAGCUUCUGAAACGACUGGGAUCCGGUCAAUUUGGAGAAGUUUGGGAAGGCCUGUGGAAUAAUACCACUCCAGUGGCUGUAAAAACAUUAAAGCCAGGUUCAAUGGAUCCAAAUGACUUCCUGAGGGAGGCACAGAUAAUGAAGAGCCUAAGACACCCAAAGCUCAUCCAGCUUUAUGCUGUUUGCACUUUAGAAGAUCCAAUUUAUAUUAUUACAGAGUUGAUGAGACAUGGAAGUCUGCAAGAAUACCUCCAAAAUGAUGGUGGGUCAAAAAUCCAUUUGAUUCAACAGGUAGACAUGGCGGCCCAGGUGGCUUCUGGGAUGGCCUAUCUGGAGUCCCAGAACUAUAUUCACAGAGACCUGGCCGCGCGCAACGUCCUUGUUGGUGAACAUAAUAUCUACAAAGUAGCAGAUUUUGGACUUGCAAGAGUUUUUAAGGUGGGUAAUGAAGACAUCUAUGAAUCUAAACACGAAAUAAAGCUGCCAGUGAAGUGGACUGCACCUGAAGCCAUUCGUACUAAUAAAUUCAGCAUUAAGUCUGAUGUGUGGUCUUUUGGAAUCCUACUCUAUGAAAUCAUUACUUACGGCAAAAUGCCUUACAGCGGUAUGACAGGUGCUCAAGUAAUUCAGAUGUUGAGUCAAAACUACAGACUACCACAGCCAUCUAACUGCCCACAGCAAUUCUACAGCAUCAUGCUGGAGUGCUGGAAUGCUGAGCCUAAGCAACGGCCAACAUUUGAGACCCUGCAUUGGAAACUUGAAGACUACUUUGAAACAGACUGUUCCUAUUCAGAUACAAAUAACUUCAUAAACUAAACAUCAAGGAAAAAGAAGAAAUAUAACCAAGAUGUGAAAAUGCGGGACUCAUCAGUCCAGAAAUACUAUCUACUUAACCAACUGUGAAAUCAGCUUAUUUUGACAUAUUCAGGUGUUAGGAUGAACUCAGCCAUGCAUUCCAUAUCAAAAAGAUAAUCUGUAUACUUUAUUGACUAGGAAACACUGCAGGACAGUACAAGAUGAUGUGUGCUUUUUUCCUCACUGCCUGGUAAAAUCAAUCACACUAAAUGAAGUUAUUUUUUUCCUUUUGAGAACUCCUCACAUUUCUAUUUAUUGUUUGAAAUGCCGAUCAAGAGAAUCAACAGCUGACAGUGUUUGCUCAGUUACUGUUGUGGCAUUUUCCUGUUUACUGAUUAGACUGGUUAUUCAUUAUUCCUCAAAUUGCUGAAUCCCACCAGGCUGUUAUGAAGGAAUUUGAUUGCUUUGCCGCACAGCAGGACCUGUGCUUUGAGGAAUUUUUUCUCUCUUUUAAAAUAUCCUGUAACUACAAUGAUGGCAAAGCCAUGUUAAAUGA